UGCAGAAGAAUUCACGUGUUUUCACGUGUUGUAAAUAAAAGGCACAUGCUAAAAUACAACCAAGUUUUAGGUGAGAUAUGAAGACCUUCUCUAUUCUGUAGAAGGAAGGACUAGCGAAAUGGAAGGGAGAGUCCUGUCCAAAAAUGGACCUGUGUCUAUUUCGUCAUCACCAGACUUUGCUCAAGCCUACAUUUUUAUCCAAACAUUUGGUCCACUAUUGAAGCUUCCCCCGGUCACAUUGAGCAGCUUAGAAAACUUCUUUGAACAAGGGUGUCCAGCUGGUGAAAGCCAACUGGCUCUCAUUCAUUGGCGCCUUCUAAACACAUCAUACAGAGUGGCUCGGGUCGAGUGGCAGCGCUCUGCUGUCAAGUGCGCUAGACGUCACGAGCUCUGCGGUGAGGCUGUUCCCUACCAUGAGCUGUCAGCUCAAGUCAGACUCAAACUGUUCCGCCUGUGCUGUGAGGAGCAGUUUGACUACAACAUGAGCUUCAAGAGUGAGCUGACAAAAGAAAUGUUAGAAGGGCCGUUCUGCAAGCCACUGCUUGGCUGUGACAGCUCCGGACAGAAGCAUUGGCUGCUCAAGGACUCAUCGUUUGAUGUCCGUCUCUAUGGAGAGAGUCAGUACGAUGUGCUACCUCCCAAGCAAGCAAAGUGGGUGGAGUUAUCCAGGUCUCUAGAAGGUCUGAUCAAGUAUAUCACUCUACUGGAGUCCACCAGAGGGGACUGUCUGCAGUCUGCAUCACAUGACAACCACGUGGCAAUAGAGCAGAAGAAAGAAAUACCAAAAGCUCAAAUCACGUCCAAAAAGUCUACUAAAACAAACCACUCCUCCCCUGCUGCCUGGGAUGGCGACGAGUCCAUUGAGGGAUGCAUCAAGUGCAGGAAAGACAAUCACCACUCACAGAUGCUCCUCUGCGACGAGUGUGAUCGUGAAUGCCACACCUACUGUCAGUAUCCCCGGCUGUGGAAGGUACCCAAGGGAAAAUGGAGCUGUCCUAUCUGCAACGAAGGCCAUUUGAUUGAAGAGCUGAGGAAAGUCUACACAGAUGCCAGCAUAGCCAAAAGUUACCACGACAAAACAAUGGAGAAGAAAGAAAGAAGCAUCGCUAGGUUGCAACGAACUGGUUUGCUCGUACAGAAUAUAAUCUUGAAGGAGGACGAAGAGGAUGUCAGUAGGAGGUCUCGUCGCUCACGCAAGGAGAUCAACUAUGCUGAGCUGAAUGAUGUUCACCUACCCCCCUUAGGACGAAGCGACUAUGUUGGUUACGAUUGGAGCGCACCUCCUGUUACAAGGCGAAACAGAGUCGGACAGGAGUACAUACAUGAUGACUAUCUGGCACCCCGAGUCAGAAACUCGACCAGGCGAUACAGAGGAAGUCCCAUUCCAGAACAAAGAGCAGACAAAAGUGUAGGAAUUGAGUCUACCCAAGACGAGGCAAUCGAUGUCACUGUCUCCGCCAGUAGUGAGCGGGUUUGUGAAUCCGUAGAAGGACAAUUAGAAUCUUUCCCCUCCUCACCUCACCAAUCUAAUGGGGGACACUCCUCUCCAAGUAACAUUCACUCCAAUACUACUAGUGAAAACAACUCUCUGAAUACAUGCUCUAUAAUAAAUAGUAGUCUGGCUAUAGACAAUGUCGAAUCAAGCUCAUUGGACGUUCUAGCGAGUCAAUCGCUCAUGACAUCACAAACUGAAAGUUCACUCCAAAAGAGUGGGAACAAUGAACUAACUAUGAUAAGUGCAUGUGAUGAGAGCAUGGACACAGGUACAGUCUAGAACACUCACAUUGUGCAUAUAUAUAAUAAUUCCAUUUUGGUCUUUUCAUUGUUGUACAUAUUUAUUUCUUAAUUUUAUCUAUUUGGACUGUAUUUUAAAGUUGAGAA